CUUUAGGAUAACGUUCCGGUCGUGAAAAUAUCGUGUUUACUUUCAAAAAGACAUGGAUUACCACAGAAAAAUGCAUGGUUCCUAUGAGAAGUGCAAGUUUUUAAUAGUUUGCGUGAAGUUUUAUUGAGAAACAACGCGAAUUAGUGAAGAAAACCGGCAAAAUGUGUGCGUUUGGAGGUUAUGUUUGCUUUUAAGGGCGAUUGUCGCAUAGUUUACAAGCGGACGACUGUUUACUGUCAGUUGAUUUUGUUUUUAUACUUUUCUACUUCAAAUUUUUAAUUAAAAAUGUUGGUGUUUUACAAUCUUAGUUAAAAUUUUUACUUCGUUCCGAUAAUACAACAUAAGUUACAUUAAAUGUUUGUUUAGUCACAGAAAGUUAUGUAGCUAAAUUUUAUAAAGUUGAAAUAAUUUUAGGAAGUAUCAGUGUGCUAUGUUUCUUAUUGAUUUGAAGUGACAGUGAAAACAAAUUAAGUGUAAAAGUGAAGUAUUUGUGGAAAGAAAAUUGUGAAUUAGCCGAAAUCUUUGGAUUAGUAUGCGUUUCUAGAGAGGAUAUUUAGCUGCACACAAGUGGGGGUACUUAUCUCGAUCAUGGAGCUCCCCGCCAGCAAACAGGAAAAGAUAAAGCUCGUCGAGAUAAACCAGUACUUGACGUGCUAUCUGUGCAAAGGUUACCUCAUCGAUGCCACCACAAUAUCCGAAUGUUUACAUUCUUUUUGCCGAAGUUGCAUUAUUCAGUUUCUGCAAGACAACAGUUACUGUCCAGUAUGCAAGGUAAUCAUAAACAAAGCCAAGCCCAACUUAAAGUUGGACAAAACUCUACAGGACAUAGUUUACAAGCUGGUGCCCGAAUUGUUUAUGAAGGAAAUGUUGCGAAGGAAGAAUUAUUACAAGGAUUACCCGGAAAUUGCCGCGAAAGUUUCUCCGGAAGAGAGAGGCGAAGAUACGGAAAGGACAAUCUUCAAUCCUCACGAGAUGAUAAGCCUGUCGCUGGAAUAUAUAUGUGAUGACUCCGCUCCAGGCGCAAUACACAUUCCUGGAUUACUCCUUGGCAGCGAUUCUUCGAAAGACAGUGAAGCAAUUGAUGAGAACGCCGAAACCCAGAUGAAGAGAUACUUGCUUUGUCCUGGCAUGUGUCGUAUCGAAGUUUUGAAGAAAUUUGUCCGGAACAAGUAUAAUGUCGAUACCAGCCAGUUUUUUAUCGAUAUUUUAUACAAACGAGUGCCAUUACCAGACCACUAUACUUUAAUUGACAUUGGAUAUAUUUAUUCUUGGCAAAGGAACGAAUUAAUGAAAUUCUUCUUUCGAAUUGUCGAUCUCAACAACACUAAAAGAACCGAGAGUCCUAUUAACAGUAUGCCCUUCAUAUCAACUAAGAUACCGAAAACGAAAACAAAUGGCGUCAAAACAGUUUUGCCUAAAAGAAAAGAUUCUAGAAGGAAGUCUGUCGGAAAAAGUAAUGGUAGUAUUAAGCAAUUUAGCGAUGAAGAUUCGAAAGAAGAUUUAGAAAGUUGUAACAAAGAGAACGACAACGAUAGAGCUAAAUCAAGAGUCGAAGACGAUGGUGCUAUUGAUAAAGGGAAGAUAUGUACUAAUGAAGAAAAUUCCGAUAAUAGACAAUUGACUGUACAACUCUUUAAAACUAAAAUUGCGAAUAGCAAAGAAUGUAAAUUUGAAAAUAACAAAGAUUCGUACAAAAUUUAUGAUAUUGAUUCUGUAGAUGAAACUGAAGAAGUUAAAUGUUAUGAAGAAAAUAGAGUUAAAACGUAUAGUGCUGCAAAGGCAUCAUCAAAGCCUCAAAACAAUGAGAAACAGAUUGUACAAAAAACUGAACUUAAACUCAGUAAUAGUGAUAUUAAAAACGUGGAACCAAUAGAAUCUCAAAUAGUAAAAAAGUGCUACGUAAAUAAAAAGGCCAUAUCAAAUCUUGUGUUAGAUGAUAUUAAAAUAAAGACUGAACCUAUGAAAAGUCCAACAAAGGCUGAACUGUCCAUGAUGCCAAUUAUUAAACAAGAACCCGCAUUUUCUGAACAUCCACUAUGUGAUUCAGGCGAUAAGUUUAUUCUUCAGUUGUCAAAAAAUAUUAUAGACGAAAAAGAAGUGCCAAAUCAUAACAGUCAGGUAUAUUCAAAGACCGUCACUAAAAGCUAUACCAGUAUUACAUUAAAUCGCAGCGAAAACGUUGAAAUAAUUACACAGAUUGAACCGUUAUCAAACAAAGAUGGUCAUCCAAUUGGGCACCAUAUUGUGAAACAAACAAUCAAGAAGGGACCAAGAAUGAAACCCCCUAGUCCUAAAAAGUCAACUUCGAAGAGUCUUAAAUCAAUAAAAAGGACGCUGAAAAAGAAUCUUUUAUUAAAAACGACUAACAAAGCAAAACAUUCUCUUGAAAACAAGAAUCAUUCCCUCGAUUUAAAAACCAUUUUUGAAACUGAAAAGGUGUCGAAUACAGAACUGAAUAACGUAAAUGAUAAUUCCGAAGAUGAAAAGUCAAAAUUCUUUAAAAGUAUCGAAUUGACAGCUGUUUCCAAACUUAAACAGAUACAGCAAGAAGAUAAGUCCGCUAAAGAGAAAAUUAAAGAUUGUAAAUCAGUUGCAAGCCAUAAACGAAAAGCCAAUAGUCCCAUAGUUAUCGAUAAUGGAAGACCGACCAAACUCGGUUGUAAAAAAGCGGUAAAGAUUAUUCUUCAAGAGAAGAUUUCUUCAUUAAAAGUCUCUCCUGUUGAAGAAAGUUUCUCUCGAGAUAAUAGUUUACAGUCAUUAAUUGAUAGUUGCAAAAUAAACAUCCCAUCUUCAUUAUCCAUUACAUUAAAGGAAAGUACAGAGGAUCAUAGGUCACCACCUGUCGUGCCACCUGUGAAGAAUUUUAUAGAAAUUUUAAAACUUCCCGACGAGAAUCCACCAUCUGAAAGUAAUACUAAACCCAGCGAUUUGAGUCAUUUAAAAAUUGGUAAAUUAUGCGAUAAUGAUAGUGAGCAGAAAGUGGACCAAGAUUUAUCUGAUAUUGCCAAAAGUCUGACUGAAAAAAUACCUAUGUCUACGACGAUUUCACACAUUGUCGGACCAAAACAGCAAUUUGAAAUUCCUGUCACAACAAACGCCCCUUCCAAAUUUCAGAUUCAACCAGCUCCUGUACCUGAAUUAAGUAAAAUUUUAAAUAUCUCUCAGAAUGAGGAUAGCACUAAACUUACUCCAAAAUCACCUCAGACUUUUCAGAAAAUAUUUGAAGAGUCUUUAAAGAAACCUCCAGAAGAUGUUCCGAAUCUCGCAUCUGUAGAGCAAAAAGAAGAACCAACGUUAUUAAGUCCCGCUUCAGAAAGUACUACAAAUGGCACUAGCCAAUCCAAUAAGGUAAAAUCAGAAUCGGAAAAAGGAAAAGCAGAGGGAAAUAAAGUACAGACAUUAUUACCGAAAAUUCCUAUUUCACGUUUACCUCAUCAAAGUUUACAAAAAGGAAAACGGAAAUUCGAAAUGGACUUUAUUAGUAAACUAGUUCCUCAAACAGUAGCUAGUUUGCAUUCAUCCAGUUUGGGAAUGAAUUACACUGUAUCAGUAGGGCAACAGAGUCCCACCAAGACGAAAAAAGCUAAUGGUAUUGUGUCCCCGGUACGUGCGGAAUGCUUGCCCCAACCAGUAGAUAGCAAACAAACUUUAUCACCGUCAACUGAAGUUAAAUCUGUUAAUCAGAUUUUUAAAGUGCCAUCACCAAAAUUAAGUGAGGUUUCAAGUGAUAGUAGUGGCCCCCAAUCAUCACAAAAUAAACAAAGUAUGUCUGGGAGUACAAACAAAAGAAACAUUUUAGAUAUUCCUAGUCAGCUUAUUAAGAAAACGAAGAAAGAUGAAACGUCUCCACAAAAAAUUAAAAUUCCUCGAUGGCCUCGUAAUAAAAAUAAGAAAUUUUCCUUCGAUACUAAUCUGAUGGGGUUCGUGCUUGAUCCAUUAGCGCCAGAGAAUAAUACUGAUUGUAAGAUGCUCAUCCAGGCAUCAUCAAAUUUGCAAAAAUCAAUAGAUGCUGUAGUCUUGAAGUCUGAAGGGACAGAGUCUGACUCGAAAAAAUCUGAUACCAAUGAUACCAAGCAACACUCAAAAGAGUCGAGUUCUCCUAGCUCUGAGUUUAAAGUCCCGUCGUUAAGUUCGGGACUGCCGAAAUUAUCAGAUAGCGGUUGUUCUCGACCGCACACACCUUUACCAAAAAGCUCUCCUAAAUCCUCGCCCGUCAUUAAACAUAUGUAUACACCUACUUCUUCCUUUCCAAAUAAGCCAGUUAAUCGGCCAAAGAAUGUUACUAUUUUGCCAAAACCUGUAAAUAUUUCGCCUAAACCGCGUAACAUUUCUCCAAAACCGUCAUCCUCUGGACUUUCUCCAGUAGCGCCGUUUUCCGUAAGUUCAGGAGUUCCGUCUAGUCAAAAUGGCAAUGUUGCCGCGUUGUCAACGAACGAGAUCAUGGAAAAAUAUAACAUUCCGAACCUGUCGCAACUGACGGCCACUUUCAAUAUAAAUCCGUCUAUAUUAGCGACAAACCAGUUGGCCGCAUUCCAACAGGCCAUGCUUCUGAAACAUUUUGAAAUGCAGAAUCGGCAAAAUUGGUUGAAUAGGAAUCAGGGACCUGUAUUACAGUACGAAAAAUACCUUCAAAAUUUGAACGGAUCGCUUAAUGGUUCAUAGAGUUUUAUUUGUGUAUAUUAGAAAUAUAUUAAAGGUGGUUCCGGCUACAGGGUCCUAGUUUAUCAACAUGCUUGACUUACUCAGAACGACGAAAUUGUAUAGUGCGAUAGUCUCUCAAAUAGAAUAAUUUAGAACAUUUAUUUUUUAGGGAAAUGUAUAUAUCAGUUCCUAACAAUCUAGAAUUCUGACAAAGUAAAGCAUGAUAUAUAUGUAUAAAGAGUAAUGUAAAUAGUAAAUUUUUCGACGUUGACUAAUAAUAAUAUUUUAUGUUUAGUUUUAAAAGGUUAUUUAUUUUUCGCGCUUCUUAAAUUAUGAAUAGACUGAAAGUGUUAUCUAGUUUUUGUAUUGAUAUAUCAAUUAUAGUAAAUUUAGUACAGCUACAUUUGAAAGAUUAAGUAUAAUUUCAACUAACAAGUAACAUUACCUAUACUUAAUAUUUAUAAAAUAUACUAGAAUAACUAUAAUUUGAUAUAUCGGAUUUAUACAGUGAUUUAUAAAAUUAGUUUAAAAAAAUGCUAAUUAGUAAUAGAUUUGAUAUGUAAUUGUUAUCGGAUUUUGUAUUAAUUAAUUACGAGUAGAUACAUCAUGGAACUACUUGGGUCUGUUAUACAAUUAUACACACAAACAUUUAUUAAACACUGUUUUACAGCAACUACACUUUAUUGGCAUUCUAAUGAGAGGUAUUAUAGUAAUACAAUAAAGUAUAGUAAUAACAAAUUUAUUGUGAAAAUAUUUCAAAGAAAUCAUAUUUUUCCAAUCAACCUUAAUAAAAUUUGAACAUUUGAUAGACUCAGAAUUUGUAAAAAAAAUAUAUAAGUAUAAAUUAAUAUUAAUUGAUAAAAAGAAUUAAACAUUUACGACUAAAUUUAUGAUUAGUCCGGUCCUGUUUCAAUUCAUGGCAUCUUAUUCCAAGCCUGUGGUUAGUUAAGGAACAAGCAAGCACUUUCGCGCAAACCAUUCUUGCGCUAGUCUGCCGCAAACUGAGCAAAGGCAUUUCAAAAUAUACAAUUAACUGUUUACUUGAGGUUUUGUGUAAUUCAAAGAAUUUUGCUGAAUCAAUUUAAUUUUUAAUAUUCUAACUAUUAUAGAUAUUUGAAAAAAAAAAUUAUUCUAGUUUCUGUUAUAUAAUUUGAAAAUAUUUUCAGUUUGCCACUGUGAAACAAUGUUUAGUACUUCCACAAAUACAACCAAGUUAACUUCCAUGAUUGAUCCACUGAUGUCCAAUAUAAUUCUUUUUUGAAUAUUUUAUGAUUUUAAAUGAUUCAUUUAAUAUGCUUAGCUGAUUAUAUGUUCUUCGCGCAUAUUAAUCUAUAAAUGUAUUAUGUAAAAAACUAUACUCAAAUGAGAAGUCACGAAUAUUGAAUUAAAGUCUUGUCAAUCAAUUUUCGUGGUUUCAUAUUGAUGGAAAAUCUCAGGUUCUGUACAAACUUAAUAAUUAUCAUCUUAAAUGUAUAUGUAUACUUCUCUACUACAAACCUUAUAAUCAUAUGCAUAUAUAUGUCUAUCAAGAUAUGAAUCUCCAAUUAAAACUUAUCAAUUCCUUGCUUUAAAAAUAUACUUAACGAAUAUCUGUUUCUUUAAUCAUAUUAUUUCGUUGUUUAAAAAGAAUGAAGUUAGGAAGUUAUCAACUUAAUGACAUCUUGUCCAAACUAUAUUCAGUAAAUUUUCGUUCUUCGAAAUUUUCCGAUUUAAAAAUUUUUGGGGCGUGUAUCGAUGCAGAUUGAUUAGUUAAAUUUUUUAGUAUCCACAGUUUGUCAAAAAAAUACAUACAGGGUGAGAAAAAAAAAUAAAACCCGUUUUUUUAAUUUUCGGCAAUUUUUUUAAAGUACAACAUAACCUAAAAAGGGGAUCAAAUUACAUUUGGAAUUCUUACAUUAACGUCUUCUAACCAGGUGAGAAAAGUGGCAAAAAUUGAACAAAUAAAAAAAUCUAUUUUUUGAAAGGGGUAUAUCCAGAAAAUCGACAAUCGAAAUCUUUCAAAUUAAAUAUCUCGGAAACUGUGCAUUUUCGAAACACAAUUUAAAUGGGGCGAAUAUAGAGCUCCACUCGCUCUAUCCGUAGAUGUUUCACUGGUCGUUUAGCUACUUACCGUUUCCGAAAGGAAAAAUCUUAUUUUUAUUUAUACCUUUAUUUAUUUUUUCUGCUGGUAUAAUUCUUAUAGUAAUCUGUCAUCUUAUCAUGAAUUUGGCAAAAAUAUUACAGCCAAGCAAUCUAAUAUUCAUUUUCCUUAACUAAUAGCUCUAUUUACUUUUCCGUUUUAUGUUUUUGAAAUUAACUUUAAUCCAAAGAUUCAUUCGUAAAAUUAAUUUAAUGUAGGAAGCAAAACUAACUAAUAAGAAAAGUAAGUUUAAAUCCUGCUAUAUUAAAAUUAAUUGGUAUCACGUAGGCUCAACAAAUAUUGAAGAAAGGGAACGACGGUAAAAUCACAAAUAAUUGUUUUGGAGUUUUUAGAAAGUUUUCCCGAGUUGCGAAUUCGUAAAACUUUUAUUGGGCGCUGUGUAGUAGCGACGUUUUUUAUGAUCUUUUUUACCAGGCUAUUAAUUAUACGUUUAAUGUUCUUUUCAUAAUUGAUUCUAUUUUAUUAGCUACCUAUAAAAGUUCACUUUGAGAACGAGGAGUAUUAUUCAUUUUGGAACUUUAUGAUUAUCAAGUUUAUUUUCGUAAAAUUAAAUUCAUGCCUUGCUUUUUUCAUUGGAUGCCAUAAACUUGGGUUACGUUAACAUGCUUUUAAUUUAGGGUACGCUUUAUUCACAAAUUUUAUUAAUGACUUGUACAAGAAACAUAAUUUCAACAUGCCCACUUCGUGACCGUUAUCAAAAAAAUGAUAUACAGGUUGUUAACUGGACAUCAGUUACUUAUAGGAGAACAGAAUGGCAACACUGCCUAUUAAGAACGCAUGCACUUAUAGGGUUUUCUGUCGUCCUGUCGCGUCGUCUAUCGACGAGCGGGCCGGGGUUGCCAUGUUUCAACCAUAAAGCUCUUGCCGCCAGUAAUAAACAAAUUAACAACCUGUAUGUCAGCUGUCGUGGCAACAACUUACAGGAUUGCUGUUUCAAGCUUCAUUCAGAACCUCGCAAUUAGUGGAAUAACUUAGUGGUUUCAAUUAGCGUAGAAGUUUGUUCUUUUAAUUUCAAUGUGAGCACUCAGAAUGUCAAAAUUAGUCGUAGACAUUUUGAAUUACUAGUAAAAGUUAUCAAACUAUUAACUUUUCCACUAAUUAUACUUCAAAAUUUGCGAGAAAUGUCAUUUUGGCCUUUGAUUAUCAUCUGGCAAGAGAA